UUGUACGGUGCAGCAUGUUACGAAUUCUAUCCAAACUUCCCAAAAACAAAUUUAAACUAAUAGAAAAUGUUGUUACACAAAAACGUUAUAUCAGAGGUUUGCCUCGUCAAAAGGAAGUCUUAAGGAUAUUACCAAGUCAAAAUGGAGAACCACCCGAUGAAGUGGAAAUGGCCAGAAAAGAAUUGGCUGAACUAACCGGCGGCAUGGAUUUAGAGCAAUUAAAACAAAUGCUUAAACCAUCUAAAGCUGGCACAAAACUUGCCCUUACCCUGAAACAAGAAAACCAACAACAAGAAGUCCAACAUUCCGUAGAGGAGAAACUACCACUGCAACCCACAUAUAAUUUGGCUGCUUAUGUCACUAAAUCGGAGCUAUUGCAGGGCUUCAUAAAAUUGGGUGUGGACUUAAGUUCGUUUGAAAAACGUAAAGGCUUGCCCGAAUUUGUGCUAAAGCUGGAUCUGGAGAAAGAUGUGCAUCCCCGUUUACUUUUCUUGCAAGAUCAAGGAGUUGCCGCCGAACACUUUGGUGAAUUAAUUACUAAGAAUCCUUUAAUAUUUAAAGUUGAACUUGAUGACAUGCAGACCAGGGUCAAUUACUUAGAGUCGAAAAAGUUCACAAAAAAACAAAUUCAAAGAAUACUUACAUUGAACCCCUACUGGAUAAUGUUCUCCACCAGACGUGUUGAUAAGCGCUUGGGUUAUUUUCAAAAGGAGUUCGCUUUGAGUGGAGAUGAUGUGCGAUUCCUGAGCAGCAAGCAGCCAAGACUUAUUACCUAUAACAUGCAACACAUACAGGAUGCAACUUUUUGCAUAAGGGAAGAAAUGGGUUUCAAUAAGGAAGAAAUUAAAGUUCUGCUGCUAAGUAAACCACGAUUAUGGAUGUUAAAACCUGAUGAUUUGGUAGAACGUUUUGCUUAUGCCCACCAAGAAAUGAAAUUGAGUCAUGAAAUGCUACUUCAGCAACCUGAAAUUUUAGCAUCAAGAGAAUUUCGUCUAAGAGAACGUCAUGAAUUUUUGAAAAUGUUAGGACGAGCACAAUACGAUCCACAGAAGGACAUGUAUAUAUCACCCAAAAUUAUGGUAGAAGGCAAUAAUUUUCAUUUUGUUCGAAAAAUAGCAAAAAGUGACAUGGAGACAUUUGAAUUGUUUUUAAAAUCACGAUAAUUUAGAUAUUUUGAUGUUUGUAUAUA